AUGAGUACCAGCCUCGCGCGCCACGCAGGGCCGGCCGCCGGCGGGGACCCAGAGCCUCUUACCUUCGUGCCCCAGCCGCGUCCUCCCGGCUGCAGAAGAAAAGCCUGGAGGCCCGGCCGCGCCGCCCCCGGGACUCCCUCAGCGCCCGCCCAGCAGCCGGCGCCGCAGCGGCCGCGCCACGGCCCCGAGCCGCCGGCACCACCUCAUACUGCGGGGCUGCCGCGCACUCCCGCACCUCCCUGCGGGGACGAGCUAAUCCAGCCCCGCAGCGGGGCCGCAGGAGAGGCGGCCCGGGGACCCCGGCGUCCUGAGAGAACAAUGUGGGGCCGCGAGGAGGAGGAGCGGAACAGCGCGGCGCGAGCGGGCGGGCGGCAAUCCCGGGCAGCGUUUGUGUGUGAGCGUGCAACGGGCGCUCGGCCCCUCCCUCCUCUGCCGCCUCCUCCUCCUCCUCCCCCUCCUCCUCCCCCUCCUCCUCCUCCGUCUCCUCCUCCCUCAAGCACACCCCGUCUCCCAGGCCACAGCAUAGCAACCGAA